CCAGAAGAACUGCUAUCGCAAGAACGGGUUUACCUUCUCCAAGUAAAUCCCAUCCCAACAAUCUACUAACACACUGACCUACAAUAACAUCAACACCAUGGAUGCCGGCCUCACACAAAGCGAGCAGCGCGAGCUCGAGGGCCGCCUGCAGAAGCGCCAAGUCAAAGAGUUCAUGAACGUCUUCGGCAACCUGGUCGACAACUGCUUCAACUCGUGCGUCGACGACUUCACGUCCAGGGCGCUCUCAGGCCGCGAGUCGGGUUGCAUCAGCCGGUGCGUGACCAAGUCGAUGACGACGCAGAACAGGCUGGGCGAGCGUUUUGCUGAGCUCAACGCCUCCGUUACGGCCGAGAUGCAGAAGCGGUGAUUCCUCUGCUUUUUGCGCACCUCUCACCUUUUGCUACAACCGUCGUCUAUGGAAAGCCAUAAGAGAUGGGUGGAUGGGUGGAUGGGUGGAUGGUUGGAUGGGGGAGGAAGCAAGGAAUCUCGACUCUUGACACAAUGCCUUGUACAUCAUAUCCCCAGGUCACGGGAACUGUGGAGUGAUUGGGCUGUACAAUACAUACCGUGGGAAUUCUUAACGGGACCAUUUGGGAUAGGGAUAGACAGUGUUCUCAAGGCCAGGACUGUCUGGUGUAACAAUAUCAUGGGUUUGAUCUGCCCGGGUUUGGGGUUCAUGCCAGACCAGAUCAUAACCAUCAGGCAUGAAGGACACAUUCACGUUCCGAGUCAGAGCGUGAGCGAGUGACAAACAGAUCACCCCAGAUCCAAACAGAUAGCAACAAACAAGAUAAGCCUUUACUUCGCAACCACGAAAACAU